GAGAACCCCACGUGACUGUCUGAGGCAAAAGUUUCCUGCCCCCAGGGGAAUGCUGUGUCAGUGCCCAGGCAAGCCCCAGAGCUGACAUCUCCCUGCCCAGCCAUGGGCCCCAACCUGCUCCUGCUGCUGUUCCUGGGACUAGCAGGCCAGGGCUCGGCUGGCAGCCUCCCUGAGGUGCUGCAGGCGCCUGUGGGGAGCUCCAUCCUGGUGCAGUGCCACUACCGACUCCAGGAUGUCAAGGCUCGAAAGGUGUGGUGCCGGUUCCUGCCAGAGGGAUGCCAGCCCUUGGUGUCGUCAGCUGUGGAUCGCAGGGCCCCAGCCAGCAGCCGCAUAUUUCUCACUGACCUGGGGGGUGGCCUGCUCCAGGUGGAGAUGGUUACCCUACAGGAGGAGGAUGCCGGAGAGUACGGCUGCGUGGUAGAGGGAAUCUCAGGGCCCCAGACUGUGCACAGAAUCAGUCUGGAUGUGCUCCCUGCAGCUCCUGGCCUGAAAGAGGAGGAUGAGGAGACCCAUCAGGUCAGGAGUCUGGCUGACAUCUCCUCUUCAGAUCCUGUAGGCAGUGCCAGCCCUUUGGAUCCCAGCCGAGAUAAGAAGAGACCCUUGAUUUGGGGUGCUGUGCUCCUGCUGGGCCUGCUGGUGCUGGCGGUGGUGCUGUUUGCUGUGAUGGCCAAAAGGAAAGGGAACAGGCUUUCUGCCUGUGGACGAUUUCAGAGCAGUGGAGUCUCAGGCUCGGCCCCCUCCUCAGUGGUCCAUCACAUCAGUGACUCUGGACUGGCUGCUGACUUGCCAUCGGAUGUACCAUAUGUUAGGCUCGACUCGCCACCUUCCUUUGACAAUAACACCUACACCAACCUUCCUCUUGAUUCCCUGUCAGGGAAACACCCACCCCCAGCCCCAUCCUGUUUGCCCCCUCUGCCUCCUAAGGCUGAGAUCUGCUCCAAGCCUGUGACAUACGCCACAGUCAUCUUCCCUGGAGGGGACAAGAGUGGAGGAGCCUCCUUCGAGCCAGCCCAGGAUCCACCUAAUAGUGAGAUUCCACCCAGCUAAGCUGUUCACCAUCCUGUAAACUCACAGAGAUCAUCCCCAGGGUUCUGUGUAGCUAUCCACGCAGUCUGUGCCCUAGAUCCUUAGGAUAUCAGAGCAACUAGGGUCUUUAGGAUCUGAUCUAAUAUCUUGACUUUUCUCACCUGGUAAGUGAUACUUGGAACGAUUGAGGUGUCUGGGGAAGCCCCCCCAUGCUAGUUCCUCUGCCAUUACACCACAGGGCUAAAUAAACUCUAAAUGAUAAUA